GGAACGCCAUGGCGGUCGACAAGCCAGGCGACACCGCUGUGGCCAAGUGCAGGAAGGCUCUGUCAGGCCUCCGACGCAUCUACGACGACCAGAACCCUAUCGUGGUCAUGGCCUGCGAGGAACUGGCCAAGGCUGAGCAGCAGGAGCGAGCCCAGAUGGCCCCAGAGGACAUCCUCCGCUCAGCCCUCGCCAGGCAGAGCAACUGCAAGCAUGAGAUCGAGCGCCUGGAGGCCAAGGUGCAGGACCUCAAAGGGCAGCUCGACGACGCGACGGACCAGCUGGCCAAGGCACAGCAGCAGAUCGGGGGCAUGAACGCGGAGGUCGCUCAGGCCAGGCUCGCGAUGGGACCGCCCCCUGCGCCAGGCAUGGCGGAGGCGGCCACAGCGGUUGCCUCCCUCCAGCAGAUCCUGCAGGGCGCUCGGGAUUCCAUCACCGCGGGCCAGGAUCGCAACGUGGUGGGCGGCUCCAUCCUGGACUCCCUGGCGGACCACAUCAACAGGGUGGGCGUUGCUGUACCUACCCAGGGCGCCGCUUUUCGCGCCGCAGGCGGGCAGCCUGCAGGCGCCAGCGCCACAUCGACAGCAGCACCACCACCCGCUGGAGUCGUGCCCGCCGCCACGGCCCCAGCAGCAGCCGCAGGCAAGGGCGUCAUCAACAGCUUCCAGUACGUACCCCCCGCAGCAGAAGCGGUGGCAUGGGAGAAUGGGGGCGUCAUUGACGGGUUUGAGAGUCUACGCUCUUGGGCUGUGGCAGUACACGUACAUGUAGGACCGACGGGUGGUAUCAUUGUGGGCUGUGCCUACUUGGAGUCGGUGGGGGCCAGCGACCACCUCACCGCGAACUACAAGAAGCUCAUGCGCAUCGGAGAGGCCUUGCGCUACUUCUCGGCCCCGUACAUCUUCGCGGCCGACUGGAACGCUGAGCCGAGCCUCCUCGACGAGCUCGGAUUCAUGCAGGUGCUGCCCGCCAUCGCGGUGGCGCCCCCCACUGGCACGUGCAGGGCGGCCACCACUGGCAACCUCAGCACCAUCGGCUACUGCUCACCUCGCCCGAUUUCGCGAAGGUGUGCAUGGCGCCUCGGGUUAUGGAUGAAUGGGCGCCCCGACCGCACUACCCAGUACGUCUUGACCUUGCAGCACGACCUAGGGUCCAUCUACAGCUUCACCUUCGUGCUCCGAAGCGCUCAAGCUGCUCAGCAACGCUUGGACGCACUGCACUCCACCUUCAUCACCUUCGUGGAGCAGGACCUCAGCCACAUCUACCAGAUCCAGGCCCGCUACAUGAGGAACUUGGCGCUGGCGCUCCAGGACCUAGUCAGAUCCAUCACGCAUCAGUCCGAUCCAGCGGUUCGGUGGCAGAGGCUGACGCGUGCUCUGCGUCCUGGCCACAGGCAGGACAUUCACUCACAGGAAGGCGCAUUCUUGUAUGAGGCGGCAUGGCGUUUCAUACAUUAUGCGGUCAUGCAGGAUUCCCACGUCUGCCGCACCUUGCUCACCGCAUACGCGUCCACAGUCGAGUCUCAUGCUGAGCAGUUGGAGUCCCAGGCGGCUCGGAAGCGCACGGAUCAGUUUCGCAAGUGGGCCCAGGACGCCAUGGUCACGGGAGCUCCCCCCCUCUUCGGCAUGACGAAGCUGAAGGGCUGGGCCGUGGCCGACAGCCAGAUGGAUUUUUGGAACGACAUCUGGAAAGGGGAUGCGGUCUCACCGAAGCCAGACAAGGAUAUGGUCAUGAAGGGCUUCGGCGACAUCACAGCCCUGCAGGAUGGCAACAUCAUCAACGAGCACACCAUCCACGCAGCUAGAUGA